CCCGGCGAACAGCAGAACCCAAACCGCACCCACCCCAUUCCGACAACCGGCAUCUGUUCCGUCACGAGCUAUCCAUAUCUAUUCCGGAGGACAGAAAGCCCUACUUAUUCAGAGGAAGACACCAGAAACCUUCCCAUAUUCGAAGUCAUAUCGCCGCCCAUAUACAGUUUGAACAGCGACACAUCCUACGAACUUCCCCAAACUCGGUCCUUUUGAAUAUCGAAAGAGUCUACUACCAAUCGACAAUGUUCUCCCGGAGGGCGCUUUCCGUUGACCCGACAUGCCGCCGACUGGUCGCUAGAACGACCGACUCUCCAGCCGCAAACUCCGCACACAGGCGGCGGAAAUUGCCGACGACGUCUUCCUCCUCCUUUCGAGUCGUUUGCACAUCCAGUUGCGCACGCCAGCUGACAACGACGACGCCCAAGAAGGCAUCUCAUGCCCCACAUCCCGCCCACAAUGCAGCGCCAUUCUGUUCUUCACUUCCGUACUCCCACGUCAACACUUUCACACCACCAUCUCCGCCAACUUCCAACACGACAUCGACUCCUCAGCAACGGCUACCACGGCCAAAAGGAUAUCAGUCUCCAUCGCCAGCGGUCUCGAAAGCAAACUCACCAGCCGAGGACGUCCUGUCCAAAACAUUCUACAGACGCGAACUACCUUCGAAUCUCCACUCAUUCACAUCGGACGCCGGCCGCAAGCUCUUCAAAGAGUGCUUACAAACGGGAAACGCUGAGAUCUAUUUCAGUCUGAGCGGAAACUUCACCAUGCAAUCCGAGCCUGCCUAUUGCGGGCUAGGUUCCUUGGCGAUGGUCUUGAACGCGCUAGCUGUGGACCCAGGGCGGAGGUGGAAAGGUGUAUGGCGGUGGUACUCCGACGACAUGCUGGAAUGCUGUGCGCCGAGAGAGCAGAUCCGGGAGAAGGGGAUGACUUUCCGGGAGUUCGCCUGCCUUGCCAGGUGCAAUGGCCUGCGGGUCGUCGCGAAACGCGCAGAUCAGGUCACCCGAGAAGAGUUUCUCGAGGAUUUGAAGCAAGUCACCGCGAGCGAGGAUACGCAUAUGGUCGUUUCUUUCUCGCGGGGCAAGCUCAACCAGACUGGUGACGGCCACUUCAGUCCAAUCGGCGCAUUCCACCCUGAGAAGAAUCAAGCUCUGAUUCUGGAUACGGCGCGCUUCAAGUACCCAUCGUACUUCUGCGAUGCGAACUUGCUGUACGAUGCCAUGCAUCCCAUCGACAAGGAGACGGGGCUUCCACGCGGUUACUUCAUCUUAUCGAAAGGACAGGCAAAGCCACUAUCGCUUUGCAAGAUAUCUUCGGAGAAGUACGACUGGCCGGCCUUGACGAAGCUCUUUACCAACGGCAUUCCGCAGACACUAUCGCUAAUCAAGGACGCUGGAGGUGACGCCGAUUCCCUGGCGGCCGUCUUCCGCCACAUCCUGAGCAGCUUACCCGACGUCAAACUCAUCUCGCUGCGUCAACCAGGAGUCGACUUGGCCGGGCCCACUUCCUCCCCAUCCUCUAACGCUCCCUCAAAUAGGGAAGCGACGAACUGCGGCCCCUCCCGCGACCUCGCCAGCAUGCAUGAAUCCGAAAUCCGCCGUCUCCUGCAAGAAGCCAUCCUCAACCCCCUCUUUCCACACGUCCGCGCGGCUUUCGAAUCCUCACCCACCCUGCACUCCGCCUACCUCACACCCACACCCACCGACCCCACCGCACCCGAAAAGACGCUGGCUCUCGCUACCAUCUUCCUCCUCGCUGCUCCACGCGAGCUGUACGCGACCAUCUCCCCUGACUUGUUCAGACAGUUAGCGGUCGCCCGCGAUCGGACGAAUCUUACACCGUUGUUAAGGGGGGAAGUGGAGCGGAUAUCGGAGCAGUUGGAGCUUAUGUUGAAUAGUUUUUGUAAAUGUGGGAAGAGGGUGCAGGCCUGUGGGCGGGCGAGUGCGUUGUAAGCUGGAUUGGGUGGCUGCGGCGAUCUUCGUUUUGUACCAUACAUAUUUCCCUGUCACGGACCUUUUUGUUCAAGAUGAUGAUAAUAGAUACCUUUGCUUUCGCUCUUGAAGAGAGUGCACUGCAUGCUCGCAG